GGCUGGCGGGUGGGUAGGGGUGUGAAGGGUGGCCGCUGGUUUGCGGCUCCGGCUGAAGAUGGCGGCUGAGGGUGGGGGGAAGGAGUUGAACGAGAUCAAGUCGCAGUUCCGGACCCGGGAGGGAGCCUACAAGCUGCUAAGCCUGUCGGAGUACAGUCGCCCGAACCGGGUGCCCCUGAGCGCCACCCAGGGCACCAAUCCGGUGCGGGUUUCCAUGGUAAACGUGCGGGACCAGAGCGGCAGCGGCGACCGCAUCUGCUUCAAUGUGGGCCGGGAGCUCUACCUCUACCUGUACCGCGGCCCCAGAAAGGCAGCAGAUCUAAGCAAACCCAUUGACAAGCGGAUAUACAAAGGGACACAGCCCACCUGUCAUGAUUUUAACCAGUUCACUGCCACACCUGACAGCGUCUCGCUUGUAGUUGGUUUCUCUGCAGGUCAAGUGCAGUACCUGGAUCCGAUCAAGAAGGAAACCAGCAAACUGUUUAAUGAAGAGAGGUUUAUUGACAAGACCAAGGUGACCUGCCUAAAGUGGAUGCCUGAGUCUGAGAGCCUCUUCCUGGUCGCCCACACCAGCGGCAACCUUUACCUCUACAAUGUGGACCAUCCGUGUGGAACCACUGCUCCCCACUACCAGCCGCUGAAGCAGGGACCUGGCUUUGCUGUAUACACCUGCAAGAGCAAGUCGAGCCGUAACCCACUGCUGAAGUGGUCAGUGGGCGAGGGCGCGCUGCACGAGUUCGCCUUUGCCCCUGACGGCAAGCAUGUGGCAUGUGCUAGCCAGGACGGCAGCCUGCGGGUCUUCCACUUUGAUUCAAUGGAGCUGUAUGGCGUGAUGAAGAGCUACUUUGGGGGCUUGCUGUGCGUGUGCUGGAGUCCAGACGGCCGCUAUAUCGUGACGGGGGGUGAGGACGACCUCGUGACAGUCUGGUCCUUCUGGGACUGCCGGGUGAUCGCACGGGGUCAUGGUCACAAGUCCUGGGUCAGUGUGGUGGCUUUUGACCCUUACACAAGUAGCAUGGAUGAAGGCGACCCGCCCGAGUUCAGUGGGAGUGACGACGACUUUCAGGAGCACGCUCCGCUUGCCCGUAAUCGCACAAACAGCACUUUAUCCAGACUCUCCAAGCACAAUUCCACAGAUGGACGGGCAGCCAGCGUGACCUACCGCUUUGGCUCUGUGGGCCAGGACACUCAGUUUUGUCUCUGGGAUUUGACAGAAGACAUCCUUUUCCCCCAUAAGCCCCUCUCGCGGGCUCGGACGCACACGAAUGUGGUGAGCACCGCGGUCCCUGGCUCCCUAAGUGGCGGAAGCCUCACCAGCGGUCUCUUACUGGAGGCUGGCACUGCCAACUCUGUCCCGCACUCGCUCUCCCGCUCCAACAGCCUGCCGCACCCAGCAGUGACCAAUGCCAACAGUAAGGCCCACACAGAUGGGGGUAUCCCCUUUAGUAUCAGCAAGUUCGCCACGCUGGCUCAUCAUGAGCGCAAGGAUAAGUGCACGGAGAAGGACCACAAACGUAACCACAGCAUCGGGCACGUCAUCAGCAAGAGUAACGACAAGCUGCACAUGGUCACAAGGAACAAAACUGAUCCAGCAAAGAGUCUGGGGACCACCCUGUGCCCCCGUAUGGAUGAGGUGCCAUUGCUAGAGCCUUUGGUCUGUAAAAAGAUUGCACAUGAGAGAUUAACGGUGUUGAUAUUCUUGGAGGACUGCAUAGUCACUGCCUGCCAAGAGGGCUUCAUUUGCACAUGGGCACGGCCAGGUAAAGUGGUGAGUAUGGGAGGCACAGGGACAGAUCAGAGACGUAAUCUCUGUCACCUCCUCCUGCCUUAGAACCCCUCUGACAUGUAUAUGCGCCAAUACUGUUUGCUUAUACAGCCCUGAAUUUAUUCACCCCACUGCUGGCAGGCAAGCUUUCAGCUGCCAAGGACAAAAGGACGGAAUCUCUUCAUGCUCCUCCUUUUUGAACACUGCUUAAAAUCAUUCCCCUUGAUCAAGCUGAGUAACUCCUCACACAACAUUGUCGUAUUUGCCUGGCAGUCACCCGAUGAGGUGCAGUGGAACAUUUUGUUUCAACGAGUGACUACACUUCACGGGAUGUUCUGAGAUGGUGAAAUGUGUGAUUUCUUAUAUAAGUACAAGUUAGUGUAGAUACUUAAUUGGUCAAACCAUUCCAGUUGCGAAGUGUCUAUGAAAGGCCUAUCAACGUUUUGAAAGAGAUCUACAGAACCAAAGCAAAAUUUGUGUAGAUCUUUGGAACUUCCUUCACCUCCACCUGCCUUGGAUCUCUGAGCUGCUCCAGUCUUGGCUCCUCGAUUGCUGGCCAGACCUUAACUUCAUCCCGACAGCCUCUAUUAGACUCUUAAUUACCUAUUGGUCCUAAUAUCCUCUUAUGUGUCAGGUUUUGUCUGAUGCUGUUGUGAUGCACUUUGAUGUGUUUCGCUAUGAUUGAGACACUAUAUGUUCAAGAUUGUGCAGAAAUAUCUUGACAAGGGCAGUGGGUUGGGAAGAGGAGUUACUGUUCUGAGCUAUAAUCCACCCGGGUCUGUUUCCUCCUUGCACCUGAUAAUUUGCGCAGAGAUUUUUUUUUUCUUGGGUAUCUCUUGUGCUCUAGUCAAUGGUUUAACUGUGAUGCAAAUCCACAAAGCUGCCUUUGUUUCACAAUACUUUUUAUAUUUGAUUUACAAAAGCCUACUAAUUUCAAACAUGAAACCAACAGAUUAUAUAAUCUGUUAGUAUUCUUUCGGACAGGAGCUAUUAACUUUGCCAUCUUUUGUCUGCAGAAUAUGUCCUAACCUCCUGGUAUAGAUUCCGCAAUCAAUAGAUAUAAGAUAUAUAGGCGCAGAAUUUGGCCCAUCGAGUCUGCUCUGCCAUUUCAUCAUGGCUGAUCCAAUUUUCCUCUCAGCCCCAAUCUCCUGCCUUCUCCCAUAUCGCUUCAUGCCCUGACCAAUCAAGAAUCUAUCAACCUCUGCCUUAAAUAUACAGAAAGACUUGGCCUCCACAGCUGCCUGUGGCAAAGAAUUCCACAGAUUCACUACUCUCUGGCUAAAGAAAUUGCUGCUCAUCUCUUGUAAAAGGGCGCCCCUCUAUUCUGAGGUUGUGCUCCCUGGUCUUAGCGUCUCUCACCACAGGAAACAUUCUCUCCACAUCCAUUCUAUCAAGGCCCUUCACCAUUCGAUAGGUUUCAAUGAGGUUCCCCACCCCCACCAUUCUUCUAAAUUCUAGUGAAUACAGGACCAAGGCCAUCAAACACACUUCAUAUGACAAGGCAUUCAAUCCUGGAAUCAUUUUUGUGAACCUCCUUUGAACCCUGUCCAGUUUCAGCACAUCCUUUGUAAGAUAAGGGGCCCGAAACUGCUCACAAUACUCCAAGUCAGGCCUCAACAGUGCUUUAUAAAGUCUCAACUUUACAUCCUUGCUUUUAUAUUCUAGUUCCCUUGAAAUGAAUGCUAAUAUCGCAUCUGCCUUCAUCACAGACUCGACCUGCAAAUUAACCUUUAGAGAAUUCUGCGCAAGGACUCCCAAGUCCCUUUGCACCUCAGUUUUUUGUAUCUUCUCUCCAUUUAGAAAAUAGUCAACUCUUUCAUUUCUUCCACCAAAGUGCAUGUCCAUAUACUUCCUGGCACUGUAUUCCAUCUGCACUUCUCCUAAUCUGUCUAAAUCCUUCUGUAGCCUCUUUACUUCUUCAAAACUACCAGCCCCCUCCACCUCUCUUUCUAUUGUCUGCAAACUUUGCAACAAAGCCAUCAAUCCAUCAUCCAAAUCAUUGACAUAUAACGUAAAAAGUAUUGGUCCCAACACAGAUCCCUGUGGAACACCACUAGUCACUGGCAGCCAACCAGAAAAGGCUCCCUUUAUUCCCACUCUUUGCCUGUUGCCAGUCAGCCACUUUAUCGAUGCUAGAAUCUUUCCUGUAAUACCAUGGGCUCGUGUAGCUUGUUAAGCAACUUUGUGAGGCACCUUGUCAAAGGCCUUCUGAAAAUCCAAGUACACAAUAUCAACCGAUUCUCAUUUGUCUAUCCUGCUUGUUAUUUCUUCAAAGAAUUCCAACAGAUUUGUCAGGCAAGAUUUUCCCUUGAGGAAACCAUGCUGACUACAGCCUAUUUUAUCGUGUACCUCCAAGUACCCUGAGUCCUCAUCCUUAAUAACCGGCUCCGACAUCUUCCCAACCACUGAAAUCAGACUAACUGGCCUAUAGUUUCUUUCUUCAAGGAUUGACGGUGGAUAUGCAAUGGCAGGCAUUUAAAGGUUGCAUGGAUGAACUACAACAAUUGUUCAUCCCAGUUUGGCAAAAGAAUAAAUCAAGGAAGGUAGUGCACCCGUGGCUGACAAGAGAAAUUAGGGAUAGUAUCAAUUCCAAAGAAGUAGCAUACAAAUUAGCCAGAGAAAGUGGCUCACCUGAGGACUGGGAGAAAUUCAGAGUUCAGCGGAGGAGGACAAAGGGCUUAAUUAGGAAGGGGAAAAAAGAUUAUGAGAGAAAACUGGCAGAGAACAUAAAAACGGACUGUAAAAGCUUUUAUAGAUAUGUAAAAAGGAAAAGACUGAUAAAGACAAAUGUAGGUCCCCUGCAAACAGAAACAGGUGAAUUGAUUAUGGGGAGCAAGGACAUGGCAGACCAAUUGAAUAAUUACUUUGGUUCUGUCUUCACUAAGGAGGACAUAAAUAAUCUUCCAGAAAUAGUAAGGGACAGAGGGUCCAGUGAGAUGGAGGAACUGAGCGAAAUACAUGUUAGUAGGGAAGUGGUGUUAGGUAAA